UAACCAUUAAGGAAUUUCUUUUUAGAAUGAAUUUUCGGUGAUCCCUGCUCAACUAUUGAUGGAUAUCAAUAUAGACAAUGAACCAUGUUAUACUACACCAGUUGAUCUUGAAGAGGAAAGCAAGCGCAUCUCAGUAAACUCCAAUGAGAAGUCAUUAAGCUGCAUGAAUGAUUCUGAGGAAAACAAAGCUGGGAAGGAAAUUCUGUUGAAUGGACAAACGGCUGUUCCAGAAGGCCCUGAGGAUAUGGAGAUUGAUGUAAUUAAUAGUUCGACUAAUGAUGAAACUAGAUUGGCUCAAGCUGAUGAUCCUUAUGCGACUGAAUAUUCAAGCUCAUUUGGCAACACUGAAUCCGAUGCUGAGAGGUGUUCUGGAUUGAGUGACGCCGAAGUGGAAUCGCAAUAUUUUGAUGACAGCGGUUUGGGAUCCUCUUAUGAUUCAUUUAGUAGCAUGUUUCAAGUGAGGAAGAAGAAGGUGACAAAUCACUGGAGGAGCUUUAUACGUCCUAUUAUGUGGCGUUGCAAGUGGGCAGAGCUGAAAGUUAAGGAGAUUGAGUCUCAAGCAUUGAAAUAUGCCAGAGAACUUGCAGUAUAUGAGCAGACUAAACCCUCGAGAAUCAACCAAGAUACAUUAGAAGGGUUUGGAUCGAAGUCUUUUCCGUUUUCCAGUCAAUGCUACAGAAAGAAGGCCAUGAAGAGAAGGAGAAGAAAAAGAGUUGAAGACACAAUAGAUUUAACUUCAUACAUGUCACACCAUAACCUUUUUUCCUAUCUCGAAAGCAAAAGGGCUAAUCCAGAUGGCAAUUCUAUCACUGAUGACUUUGGUAACAUAGCAAUUAUGGACCAACAAGCAGAUUGCGUUGAUAAAUUUGGCAGUAAUGACGAUCCAUUAUUUUUUGAGUUCAAAGAUGGUGACAAUUCCUUGGAUCAGGUCCUUUUUAAAAUUGAAGUAGUGCACUCUCGUAUUCAAAAGCUAAAGAAUCAACUGGACAAAAUCAUGUCCAAAAAUGCCUCAAAGUUCUCUUCCUCCGAGAACUUGAGCCUUCUUACACCCUGUGAGGCACAGACCAGCUCUGCUCCUAGUCCUACAUUCUCAGCUGGCAAUGCAGACACAACAUCGGUGGGAGCUAUAUAUAAUCCAACUCAUGAUAUUUUGAAUUAUGAUAUUGGAGAGCUUGUCAUGCAUGAAGGCGUUAUUUCAAAUUUUGUCGAGACCAUUCAUGUUCCUGAUAUAACUGAAAGCACAGUCGGACUGUUGUCCGCAGCUGACAUUACUUUCCAUCAGCCACAGAUUGAAGAUUCGUGUGAAGAUAUUUUGGAUAACAUCCUGAUAAAAAAUGAUGGAACUGAAGGGGAUCAUCCUGAACCAGAGAACGGAGAAGGAGGAGCAAGCAUCAACCCUUCUCAAGUCCCCUUCUCAGAACCUGAUCCAGUGGCAAUAUCAUCAGUUUCUCAGGACCAGUCAACUCUAAAGCCAUCUUUAGCCUCAGAUUUCCAGUUUCCCUGGAACAAGCGUAAGAGAGGGGAACGCAAGGCUGGUCCUGGCAUUAGUUGGAACAGGACAGGUGCCAGUGGUGAGCCUGCCUGAGAUUGCCUGUAAGUUUUACAACAUUUCCCAUUUCCCAGUUUUAGCUGUUCACUUAGUUGACAACGAUGAAAGCUUUAGUUAGAUGAUAUUAAGAUAGUUCAUGGUCAUGGCAACUGCAUUAUCUUGGUCUUAUUAAUGGAGUGACUGGUUGUGUAUCUCCUAUUCAUGGCUGUGAAGUGCAGCUCUGACAAUCUGACAGAUGAAGCCUAAGCAUUGAAUCAAAAAUUAGUUAGCAUUUUCA